UCGAGAUGUCAUUGUGUCUCACUAUUCACGCUCAGCCCAGGUUGAAUGCUCGGCAACAAAGUAACGCAAGUGAAGCGUGUGGGUAGGAGGUGAACUUUAUUCCUUUACAACAUUGCAGGCCGUAACUUUUUUUUAUAUAUACUUUUUAUAAUGUUUCAAGUUUCCGCGUUUGGAUUAUGUAUUAGCACGUUCACGCACAAGAUUUUUUCUUUUUUAACUCAUAUAUUUGAGUUUAUUAUCUCACGGUUCGACUGUUGUACGCUUCACUUUGUUGGGAUCCUUGUUCAUUAAUCAGGGGAGGAAAUGGUGCCGUGACUCUUUAUCAAGCAACAUCUAAGAGGGUCGCUUUGCAGUUCCUGGAAAGGAGCUCGGUGUUUUAUUUUCUACGCUGCACAUUUUUUGUGGUUUUAUUUUUUUUUCAAGCAUCUUUCCGACUCGUGGGGGACAGAAAUGUUUUUUAUUUUAAAGUUUGGUUUCGUUUUGCGCCCCAUUCUCUUAUCCUGCACUGAGCAUCGGAGUGGAGUCUAGACAAUGUCCUACUGAACUGAGUUGUACAAACCUUUUUUUCUUUUUGCAUUUUAUUUCUGAUUUCAAAAUGGAUGUAACUGUGUCUGAGCUGAUGGCGAACUUCAUGGAGUCUCCGCUGGUGGCUUGGGUAAAGACCUUUGGACCACUGGCUUCGAAUUGUGAGGACAAGCUCUCCAUGUUUAUGGAGCUGGUGGAUGGGGUGUUCCUUCAUAAAAUCAUGACCCAUAUAGACCCAAAUCCUACAAAUCACCGGGUGAACAAACAAGUGAACAGUGAUGUCAACCUCCGAAUCCAGAACCUCAGCACUGUAACCAGACACAUCAGAAACUACUACCAGGAAAAUCUCCAACAGCUUGUUCUGAUGACCUUACCCAACGUUUUGACUAUCGCCAAGGACCCGUUGUCAGGCAAGAGCAUGGAGGAGAUGAAGAGGCUUUUGCUGCUGCUCUUGGGUUGUGCCGUUCAGUGUGAACGUAAAGAGGAAAUCAUUGAAAGGAUUAAGCUGCUAAACAUCGAAACCCAGGCAGCUAUAGUUUCCCAUAUUCAGGAGGUGACCCACAACCAGGAGAAUGUUCUGGACAUGCAGUGGCUAGAGGUGGGGGAGCUGCCCCCUGAGGACCUCGACCCACUGUCUCGUACCAUGGCCUUUCAUCUACGCAAGCUCAUUGACGAGCGUGAUGAGUGCUCAGAGCUGAUCUUGGAGCUGACUCAAGAGAGAGAUUAUUUGCAGUCGCAGCAGCUCACUAGCUCCAUAGGCUCCUCCAGUGCUGACCAGUCCUCACAGCCCGCUUUACUCCCCAAAGAAGAACGGCAGCACAUAUCAGUGGAGCUCGCUGACACGAAGGCCAAACUUCGCCGUUCUCGCCAAGAACUAGAAGAAAAGACAGAGCAGCUGAUUGAUGCUAGAAACGAACUGGAACGUCUGGAUGCAGAGAUGCAAAAGCUGAAACAGGAGAACAUGCAGCUUUUGGCAGAGGCACGGUCGGUACGUGCUUAUCGUGAUGAGGUGGAUGCUCUGAGGGAACGUGCAGGCAGAGUGGAUAGGCUUGAAACAGAACUUGCCCGCUUCAAAGAGAAACUUCACGAUGUCCAUUUCUACAAAGUUCGCAUGGAGGAGCUGAGAGAGGACAAUAUGACUCUGCUGGAGACAAAAGCUAUGCUGGAGGAGCAGCUAGGGUCAGCUAGGGGGCGCUGUGACAAACUACAUGAGCUGGAGAAGGAGAACCUGCAUCUGCGCUCUAAACUGCAUGAUCUGGAAAUUGACCGGGACAGCGAUAAGAAGCCAGAGGAGCUGCUCGAGGAGAACAUGAUGCUGGAAAUUUCACAGAAGCAGAGUAUGAAUGAGUCUGCUCACUUGGGCUGGGAGCUGGAGCAGCUUUCUAAGAACAAUGAGGUCAAUGAUGUACGCAAGUCAUUUGUGGUUGAGAUGAACGAGUCUGCAUCUAGUCGGCUUCUGAAGCUGGAAAAGGAGAACCAGAGUCUGCAGAGCACCAUCCAGAACCUGCGUGAGGCAACACUUAUCUAUGAAGAGGGUCAGCUUCACACCAUGGAGUUGGAGAGGGAGAACCAGGGCCUAAGCAAGAAGCUUGAGAGACUGCAGACUCAAUUGGACCAGGAGAAGCAGACCAUAAAGGACACUGAGAACCUCAAGGAAAAGCUCAGUAAGGAAAAGCAGAAACUGGAGAAAGAGUUUGAAACCCUGAAAACAGAAAAGGGACAACAGAUCACAGAGCUGGAGCGAGAGAAGGAGCACCUGAUCCAGACUGUGAGCUCCCUGCGAAAACGUGCCCAGGAGGACAGUGAAGCACGUGUGCGUGAGGUGGAAACAGAGAAUCGAAUCCUCCACCAGAAGAUCUCAGACACAGGAAGUCUGCUGGUGCAGCUUGAGAACGAGAAGCAGCAGAUCACCAAGCAGUUAGAGAAUGAGUGUGGAUCUGCCAAGGAGAUGCAGAAGAUGGUAAAGCACUUAGAGUGCACGCAGAAGCAACUUCAAGAUGAGCUGAGUUCACUUAAAAUGGCUGAAGAGCAGCUUGAAAUCUUGCAGAGCAAGAACAAAGUUUUAGAGCAGGAAAACAUAGGGCUCAAGAAGGAUGCAAAAGAGUUGCAGAGUGACAACAUGCGUUUACCUUUGCUGGAGAAGGAGCGCAGGAAGUUGGAAAAUGAGAACUCAGAGCUUCUGGGUACCGUAGCUGAACUGCGUUCCCAGGCCAAGCGCACCGAAAGACUAGAGAUCAACUGCAGCAGCCUUGACAAAGAGAACCAGCAGCUCCAAGAGUGCCUGGAAAGUAGUAGCUCUAAAAUUGAAGGCCUCAAGAAUGAACUGCACGAAGCCGAGGCCCAAAGCGAGGAUCUGCGGCAUGAACUGGCAGAGCUGAGAAAGGUCGCGAGACGUGCCGAGGAGGCAGAGAAGGAGCGGCGGAAAUUGGAGCAGGAGCUAGGCCAAUCUGAGAAAGAGAGAAAGCAGCUGGAGAGGGAGGCACGUAGGCUGAGGCAGCAAGUGGACGUGAGGGAAUCUGCACUUGAAGAUAGCUUGCUUAAACUGAGCAACCUGGAGAAAGAAGGAACAGCCAUGAACAGGGAGCUUGCACGGCUCCAGGAGGUUGCCAGUAGAGUCAAGGAUAUGGAGAAAGAGAAGAAGGACCUGCAGAAACAGGUCACCAUUGACAAGAAGACCUUGGCCACACUUCGAGAGGAGCUGGUAAAUGAGAAGCUAAGGGUACAGCAGCAGUGUAACGAGCUGGAGAAGCUCAGUCAUGAGUUGGAGAAGAUUGGCCUGAACCGAGAGAAACUGCUUCAGGAAGAGCACAGCUGCGAAGACAAUAAAUACAGGAUCCUGGAGACAAAGAUUGAGUCAGCUUUGAAGAAUUCCCUUGAACUAAAGGAGGAAAAAAUUCAGGGCCUGGAGUCACGUCUUGAGGAGAGCAGCAGCUUGAACCAGCAGCUACGUACUGAGCUCGCAUCGGUAAAGAAGACAUUGGAGGCCUUGAGGCAGAGGCAGGAGGAGGAGACGGCCCACUCUGAAAUAUCCCAGAAGACUGUGGAGCAGGGCAGGUCUGGUACCAGCCAAGAGAAAUGGGAGACGGAGCAGCGAGAAAUCACAGUUGAGCUGCUGAAACUCAAAGACCAUCUGAUCGAUGUGGAAAAGAAUAAUGCAUCCCUACAGACAGAGAAGCAUCUAUUGAAAGAGCACCUGAAGCAGCUGGACUCACAGAACACACAGCUGAAUGCUCAGACACUGGCGCUGCAAAAACAAGCCACGACACUGCAAGAGCAAAACACUGCACUUCACAAAGACACCGCCAAACUACAGGUUGAGAACUCCACACUGAAAUCUCAGAAUUCGUCUUUGACUGCUCAGUACACAGCAUUGCAGGCUCAGCUGCAGACUCUGGAGGCAGAGGCAGAGGUUCUGCAGAGGCAGCACGAGGAGGCUCGUGCCAGAUGUGAAAACAUCGCUCAGGACCACGAGCGUCUGCUCAGCGUCCAUGAGAGACAGGCAGCCGAAUAUGAGCAGCUUAUCAGCCAGCACACUGCAUUAAAGAGCAGCCAAAGAGCACUGGAGCAUGAACAUCGGAGUCUGGAGAGCAAGUAUGCUCUGCUUCUAAAACAGAAGGGUGCUGUGGAAGAGCUGGAGGCAUCUCUGCAGAGAGAGAAGGAGAGUUUGGAGGAGGAGAUUCGUAAGAACACUGAGAUUAUGGGAGAGAACCGCAGCCUGAGAGAAGAGAUGGACAGGCUGUCACAAAAGCACUCAUAUUUGCGUCAGGAGUAUGACGGACUGCAGCUUCAGAGCAAGGAGCUAAAGACCUCUCUGAAUGAGUCACAGCUGGAGCUAAACCGCUGGCAGGCACGCUUUGACGAACUCAAAGAGCAGCACCAGGGCAUGGACAUCUCCAUGACCAAGCUGGACAACCACUGUGAGCUGUUGACUCGGCUGAAAGGGAAUCUGGAGGAGGAGAACCACCACCUGCUGAGCCAGAUCCAGAUCCUGAGCCAGCAGAACCAGACCCUGCUGGAAAGGUCCAUGGAGAGCAAGGAGCUAUACCACGAGGAGCAGAAACAAUACAUUGAUAAGCUGAAUUCGUUACGGAGACAAAAGGAGAAACUGGAAGAGAAGAUCAUGGAUCAGUACAAGUUCUAUGACCCGACUCCUAAAAAGAGGAGCCACUGGCCAGGAGCUAAAGCUAUUGCCAAAUUAAUCAAGCCCAAGAAAGAGGGGCCACGUGACAGGCUGGACAGCCCUCGUGAACGGCUCCGAAGUGCCCCAGACAUCCCUCUUCCAGAGAUCCCUCACCCUUUAGAUUGUUCCCCCAACAGCCCAACGCUUCCUCCACCUUCACUGCCGGGACGUCAGACUUGUCUCAACCUGGACUCACCAAGCAGUAUCUCCGGGGACGAAAACCAUAUCCAAUCCUCCCCUGUCUCAUCCAUAGGAUCAAACAACAGAGGUCUGAGUUACAACAGUGGCUCCAGAAGUUCAGAAAGCUACCGGCCAGCAGGUGGCAGCACAGAGGACAUGAACGGAUAUGAGGAGCUGGUGCUUAGACAGCUAGGCUUAGAGCCAGGGGCAUCCUGCUCUACUCCAUUAAACCCCAUCUCCCACAAUGCACCGGGCUUCACCUGCUCUAGCUUGCGGCCAGGGCGCAGACCCAAAGGAUUAAUCUCUGAGGAGGACCUACGUAUACACUCCCUUGAUGCCGGCUUUGGAAGUGGUGGCCAUGGAAACGCAGGACUCAGGCCCAAGUCUGCUGAUUACAGUCGCAACACCUCCAGCAGCAGCUCUCCUGUCAACUCAAAAGAUUCCCUGGAGCGCCUGCAUAGACAUUCUGCCAGUCUCUUCAGUAAUGAUGUGGCUGGAUUGAGCCAUGAGAGUGCCACACUUAGCCAGUCCUCACUGCUACCUCGUAGCUCCACCCUUCCCUACGAAGCCAUGCCUCAAUCACGGUCUACACCACGCACCACCUGUCCACGCCCUGGCUCCCCUGGCAGCGAGAUGGUCACUCUGGAGGAGUUUCUGCAGGAAAGCAACACCCUGUCACCUCCUACUGUGCACACAGGAAGUCAGGAGGACCUAAUGACUGACUAUUUCACCAGAGUGUCCAGGCCAACGGCACCAGCUAGAGAUGGCGCCAAAACACCCACUAGUUAUGUCACGCCCACCAUCAAAGCAACAGCAUCUGUACCAGAUGGGCUAGCCUCGAAACCUGGGCACAGUGUUAAACCAAGCAUACGACUCUCAGAAGCUUCCAUGACCCUUUCUCAGUCGCAGACACUUCCUAACCGAGGGGGGCGGUCUUUGCAUCUGCAGCACUCGGGGCAUCGUGGAGGAACCACAGGCAGCAACAGCUUGAAUCGCACUUUCAGCCUGGCCUCGGCCGACCUCCUCCAAUCAAAUGGUCCUGACAGCUACCGGCCCGAGGCGGGUGGCAAAAAUCAGGCAGAGGGGAUGACUAGGAGGGAACGUCCACUUUCAGCCAGGCUCUCUGGAAGCUCUGGACAUAUUUCACUAGACCCCCGUCGCCUUUCUGUAGCUCCUCCCAGAGAUGACCCACCCUUCACUUCCUCCUCCACUGCUUUGCAUUCAGACCGCUACACUGGAACUGGUGGCCGCUCAGGAAGCUUAAAUUCAAACAAUUCCCACUAUCCUCGAGGUGAGGUGGCGAUGGUGACGCCGGUGCGUGCAGUCUCUGCCCUGAGACAAAAGGAGGUGGAGGAGCAGAAGGAGAGCAGGCAGGCUGAGCCAUCUCCCUCCUCACUAAAGAAAUCAGAUAGUUCUGGCCCAGGCUGUUAUGUAGAGGAGAGGCCCUUGAGUACACCAGCUUCACCAGACCCCAACAACGACCAGCAAACUGUUUGGUACGAAUAUGGCUGCGUGUAACCCAAAGUUCACCCCUAUGGCAGUUCUGUUAAAUCACAGUUCGCAGGUUUUUUUUUUAAAGCACAUCACAUUAAGACAGCAAAGAUGUUGACUUUUGACUGAAAAAAACACUAAACCACAAAGAACAAGGCAUUUACUCUGUGUUCAUGAGCCCACUUUGUAAAACUUGUACAUAGAUUGGCAAAGGAAUGUGUUUGGGUUUUAAUAUGGCUUGAGAAGGUUUACCCUUCCACAAUCACACACCAGAGUUUUCCUCCAGUUUUCUGUGGACGGCGUUCCUGGCAGCUCAAAGUUCUAUUCUGAAUGUAAAACUCAAACAUUGGUCUUCACUUGAAGGACCGCUCCCUGGAUAAUCAUAGAGUAAUUACAGCAUCCAUCUUUAGUAGGUGGGGUGAAAGCAGCGAGUUCAUCAUUCAGACAGUCUCAACGGGACAGGUUACUGGAAACAGCUUCUCUUUCUGACACCAUACUGACAAGCCAGUGCCUGAACGCUUUCUGCUGCUGUGGGUCACCAUCUCUUUGAUGCAGGACUGGGUUUUGGUCAUGUGUGGGACACGAAAACAAAAGAUCCGGAACCACAGAAUGAAUGAGAAAGAGUAAAAGAAAAGUCAAAACAGAGCAGUGGACAUGAAGUUAGAAGCGAAGAUUAAUGCGGAGAGCAGGACUUUCUACACUGAAGUGACACAUUGUAACACAAAAGUGUCAAACUCCUUUUUUUUUUUUUUUUUUUUUUUCUCCCAUUUACAUUUGAAGCACUCAUUUCAAGUACAUUUCUACAAAUUUUGUGUCGUUCUGACAUAUAAGUAUCACAGUCCUUUAAAACACUUUUUUUUUUCUUUUCCUUAAUAUAUAUAUAUAUAUAUAUAUAUAUAUAUAUAUAUAUAUAUAUAUAUAUAUAUAUAUAUAUAUAUAUAUAUAUGUGUGUAAAUACAUUGUAAGAGCACUAUGUAAGUAGGACCAGUGGAGCCUUAACUGAAGUCUUAACACUGGACACAUUCCCCAGUUUACUGCAGGAAAUUAAUCACAAGUAAUACUAACAGCCUUUUGCUUGGGUAUGAGUUUAGUAUUUGGUUAGUUUUACAAUUUCCAUGUUUGGAGCGCUAUUUAUUGACUCCCCACAGACACUUGGGACUGUUUUCCACAGUUUUGUUGUGUAGUUGCCGGGAUUGUGUGUAACUGAGCUGUGAGUGUAUGGUUCAUUCCAAGAACAAUUGCAUUAAAAUUGAAGUAACAGCAA